AUGGGUUUGGAUAAGACACUCACCGAUGAGGCGCUUCUUCAGCUGUCGUCUGACGUGAGCUAUCGGUUGAGACAAUUGGUGGCCAACGCUAUGAAUCAUAUGACUCGUCAGAAGACCCGCCGUCUGACCACUGGUCACGUGAGGACAGCGUUGGCCGCACAGCACUCGGACGAUGUGCUCGGCUUUGAUGCCAACGACUCGCCCAUCGAUACAGUUCUGGUGAAAGAGGCAAAAGUCUUCGUUUAUACGGAUCCGGUCGUCGACUUACACGAAGAGAUGAACAAAAUGUUUGACAAAACUGUUUGCGAUAUAAAAGUAUUUAAAACUGACAAACGCUUGGGUUUGGACUGGAUUUCGGUGGACUCAACGGUCACUACCAGUGAUGGCAGUGGUUUGGACUUAAGUGAUGAACACAAAGCCUAUUACCACAAUGUCAUGAAAGCCAUUUUGGGAACCGAUGAACAGCUGUUCAUUAAGAUGUUAAGAGACUUGUCGAGCAAUUGUCGACUGAACCCGGUUUUGCCAUAUCUUCUAAACUUCAUAUUGAAUGGCAUUAAAAGAUUAAGUCAUGAUAUCUCACAACUCAAGAGAUUUCUCAAUACAAUUGAAUGUCUCCUUAGAAAUGCAUCUGUAUUUCUGGCAACUGAUCCCUAUCUCAAGACUUUGAUUCAAUCAAUACUCAAAUGUAUUAUUGAAGAAUUAAAUCCAGUAUCAGAUCACUGGUCUCUUCGCGACUCUGCCUCUCAUUUACUCGUAAAGGUAUUCAAUGAGCGCUUCUCACAGUUUGUUGUCAAUCGACUCAAGAAACAGACAUUUGAUUGUUUGCUAAACUGUUUGCUCGACUCAUCCAAGCCUUUCGGCUCACAUUACGGUGCGAUCAAAGCGUUUCAGUGUUUAGGCUAUGAUAUAAUCAUUGAACACUUGUCUCCAAUACUUAAUCAAUAUUUCAAUCAUCUCUUGCCGGCCAUUGACUACACUAUUAAACCAGAGUUGAGAAGAGAAGGUCUCGUAGUCUUUGGAGAGCUAUUAUUCAUCGCAGAACUCAUUUGUCUCAAAACGCGAUCACUUAUAGAGAGUUCAGCGGAAACUAAAGUCGAUUUCAAACUCUAUACUCAAUUGUCAGACAUUUUUGGCGAUUCAUUGUACGCCAGACUUCCCAUCGAUUGUCACAAAAUUAGGUCCAAAUUUUAUUCACCAAAGACUAUAAAGUCAACCAAACGACCGAUCAGUUUAUUUGAAACACAAGAAUCACUUCAAACCGGAGAGCAAUUGUUGGACGCCUUCUAUGAGGCGCCGACACAUACCGAAGACAUGAGAAGUGAUUAUCCGGAAGACAGCAACUCGUGCGCCAACUCUGUCAUCAGUGACAUCGAUAGGGAAUGUGUCGUUACGGAUGUGCUUCAGAUUAAGAGCACUAUUAGUGAUCCGACUCUAGGCGUCAAACUUACUAUUAAAAAGUUAAGACGAGAUGAAAAAGAGACACAAAUGGCUAAAAGAAUCUCAAGAGGACGGCAAUCGUAUUCAGAACCAGUAUUUGAAUCGGUUUCCAUCAAACAAACUACCAUUCGGUUCAAUAUUUCAGGUCAGAGCAUUAGCGACGUGUUUGAGAAGCCGCGACAAUGCAUGCAAUACUAUCCCUCGCAAUGGUUUCUCUUAACAAUGAUUACACCAAACGCUUACUGUUUGCGAAACAAAUUCAAACUACGAAAAUGUGAACAACAAUUAUCUUUAUAUUCUUGUGAUUUAUUGAAUGUAUUAUAA